UCCCCGGCGGCCACAGCGGCACCGCCCCCGGCCGGCCCGAGCCGCCGCAGGCACCGGGGCCGCCCCGGCACAGCCCCCCGAGCCCCCAGCGCCGCCGCAGGUGUGUGAUGCCCAGCACAGCCAUGAAGAAGAAGGUGCUGCUGAUGGGUAAAAGUGGAUCUGGGAAGACCAGCAUGAGAUCCAUUAUCUUUGCCAACUACAUUGCCCGGGACACGCGGCGCCUGGGGGCCACCAUUGAUGUGGAGCAUUCCCAUGUCAGAUUCCUGGGAAACCUGGUGUUAAACCUGUGGGACUGUGGAGGGCAGGACACCUUCAUGGAGAACUACUUCACCAGCCAGAGGGACAACAUCUUCCGCAACGUGGAGGUUCUCAUCUACGUGUUCGACGUGGAGAGCCGCGAGCUGGAGAAGGACAUGCACUACUACCAGUCCUGCCUGGAGGCCAUUCUGCAGAACUCCCCAGAUGCCAAGAUCUUCUGCCUGGUGCACAAGAUGGACUUGGUGCAGGAGGACCAGCGGGAUCUGAUUUUUAAGGAGCGUGAGGAGGACUUGAAACGCCUCUCCCGGCCCUUGGAAUGUGUUUGUUUUAGAACCUCCAUCUGGGAUGAAACCCUUUACAAGGCCUGGUCCAGCAUCGUGUACCAGCUGAUCCCCAACGUGCAGCAGCUGGAGAUGAACCUGAGAAACUUCGCUCAGAUCAUCGAGGCAGAUGAAGUGCUGCUGUUUGAGAGAGCCACAUUUCUGGUCAUCUCUCACUAUCAGUGCAAAGAGCAGAGGGACGUCCACAGGUUUGAGAAAAUCAGCAACAUCAUCAAACAAUUCAAGCUGAGCUGCAGUAAGCUGGCAGCCUCUUUCCAGAGCAUGGAGGUCAGGAACUCUAACUUUGCUGCUUUCAUCGACAUCUUUACAUCCAACACAUAUGUGAUGGUGGUCAUGUCAGACCCUUCCAUACCUUCCGCGGCCACGCUGAUCAACAUCCGCAACGCCAGGAAGCACUUUGAGAAGCUGGAGAGGGUGGAUGGCCCAAAGCACAGCCUGCUCAUGCGCUGAUCCCAGCCUUUGGGGGCAGGAAGCGUGGAUUGGGACUACUUUUUAGGAGAAUCUAACACUGUCGAUGUCUUUGUUGGGCUUUAUGAGUGUGCUGCUUUGUUUUCUCUCCUUUCACGUCGGACACUAGAGGCUCAGAGGAUGUCUGGAUACACUGCGGACCUUCAGAGCCUUCCCUGGCACCCGUGAGCUUGGGAAGGAGGCAGGACAGGUGAUGUGCCCAUGGGCUGGUGCUCCCAGGUGGAUGUUUGGCUGCUGGGAGGAUAUUUUAAGUCCCAGGAAUAUGGAGUAUUUACUGGUUUCUUGGUCGGUUGCUGGAAUAAGUUUAUAAAUUUCUCCUUGUCUUCAGUCAUGAAAAUAAAUUUUUGCUACCAGGGAUUUCAGAUUCUA